UACGAUACGAUCCAUAGAUUGGAAACAAACAAGUUAAGAAACGUCGCGAAAUUUUCCAGCCAUCUUCUUUACACUGAUGCAAUACCAUGGACAGUAAGUUGACUUGCAGUUAUCUAUCAUAGUAAUAUUAUGUAAUUUUUUUAGCCAUUAUAAACUUUAAUGCAAUCUCGUACCCAGAGCAAUGCCUGUGCGCGGGCUAGGAUGGCAUUGGCUCUGGGGAAAUGAAUUUUUCCUGUGCUGUGAUUGGUUUAAAGUUUAUCAAUCUUGCAUGCCGACAAAGAACCGGAACCCCUAAAUUUAGGGGUUCCGGUUGUCAAUUUCUCCAGAGCCAAUGCCUUCCUAGCCCCCGCUCAGGCAUUGCUCUGGGUACGAGAUUGACUUUAAUGUAGAUCUAUGAUCCAGGUGAUCUCGGAGCUCGGAAAAGGCCUGGCACUAGUUGAUAUCCGUUUCUGGUUUAAAAUUACUCAAUAUCUCGUUAACGGUAUUAGCACGGGGAAUAGGACAGGUGUAGUGUUGUUAAAUAGAAAGUUAGAAAUGGUAUUAUACUUACUCAUGCAUUAUAAUUAUGUUUAAAAGAUCAGAAUAUUCAUAACUUCUUAUUUUGUUUCAUAAAUAGUUCUUUAAUAUUCGAAACAAAUUCCAUAUCUGCUUCGUCUGCCAUCGCCAUGUUUACUCGUCCCAAUCUACAUGCUGCACGGCAUUGCCGCCCCUCCUGGCAAACUAAUAAGCAAGCGAGAAAAAUUAAGGAGAAAUAAGAGGGUAGGAACAUCGUUGUCAUAAGCUGGAUGCAAUGACAGUUCCAUAUAUGGCACAAACGUAUCCAUAACUUCCAUAUAUGGCACAAACGUAUCUUCGACGCGUUUUAUAACGUUUUAUUUGGCGUAGGGAUGACGUAAUGCUGCUUCCCGCCUAUGACGAUUUGAAUUAGUCAUGUGAUACAAGAUUGCAAAAGCAGAUUCGCCCAGAACGAUGACACGCCCACAAAACGCCCACAAUGUUCCUACCCUCUUAUUUCUCCUUAAUUUUUCUCGCUUGCUUAUUAUUUUGCCAGGAGGGGCGGCAAUGCCGUGCAGCAUGUAGAUUGGGACGAGUAAACAUGGCGAUGGCAGACGAAGCAGAUAUGGAAUUUGUUUCGAAUAUUAAAGAACUAUUUAUGAAACAAAAUAAGAAGUUAUGAAUACUCUGAUCUUUUAAACAUAAUUAUAAUACAUGAGUAAGUACAAUACCAUUUCGAACUUUCUAUUUAACAACACUACACCUGUCCUAUUGCCCGUGGUUUUAGAUUUCUAUUUCAAAUUUGUCCGAGACAUUCAUUUCCCUGUGCAAGACACAGACACACAAAGUUUCAAACAGUUCCACAAAAGAAUCGGGGUGUGACAAGUGAUUAACGUUGCGAAACUGGAUUUUUAUUCUGUUGCUAGUCCUAUUCCUUUUGCUCACCGUCAGAUCACCUGGAUAAUGUUAUGUAAAUAACUCGUUAAUUCAGUUGUCUGUAACUGCAAAGAGUAUAUUAGACCAUCUAAAAAAAAAAAAACCUAUGGCCCCUGUGAUGCCGGUGCAGCGCUCUAUAAUAAAUGUAUAUAAAUUUCCACUCGAUAAUUUCCAUCUAUACAAGACCCUUCAACUUUCUAUUAUGUACUCAACGGGAUUUUAUUUACUUUUGUUUUGUUUCGUACUUAGGUCCUCGCUGAUGUUAAUUUGAACGAAGAAGAAACGACAUCGUCAAGGUUAGUUAAAGUGCCUAUAUCACUUGUGGGGUGGGACCUUUAUGGAUUUGAAAAGGGCGUAAAAAGUUAGUUAAUAAGUUCAAAAGAUUUUUUUGAUUUAGUGCAAUAAUUUCGAAGAUACAGGCCUCUAACCUACGUACAGUUCCUGAGUCCCAGGCUCCUAUGCACAAUGGACAGUUUGGAAAAAAGCCAAAUUCAAUAGCCGUGUUUAUACCCCAGGAGGCUGGGACUCAGGAACAGUCCGUUGUUUAAAGGCCUAUAUCCUCAAAACUAUGGCACUAAAUCAAAAAAAUCUUUUGAACUUAUUAACUAAUUUUUACGCUCUUUUCAAAUCCAUAAAGGUCCCACAAGUAAUAUAGGCACUUUAAUACUUUAUUUAAAGAGGGAGAAAAUAAUAUUCACGUUAGUUACGAAGGUAUAUUCGUCUUUAUUAUAUACACAAGGUCUGGAUAUGAGGUAUUCUGCAAUCUGAUUGGUUCUCUACUAGCAGGAUAUUAGCUCAUAUCCUGCUAGUAGAGAAAAACAAAAUGGCGGCCAAACUGAAUUUACGAUGUUUUGCAAACGAGAAAACGGCAAGUUGUCGCUUUUUAUAGCUUUCACAGGAUUAAAAACACAAUGAAAAAACUCACACAAAUUGUUUUCAGGUUAGCAAAUAAAUUUUUAACAUGUAAAAUGGUUAAAAAUAUAUAUUUUUGAAAAAAUAAUCGGCCGAAAGAGCGAAGAUAAAAACAUAAACAAAAUAGAAAAAUGUUGAAAAUAUUCGAAAAGCAAAGUCUGUGAAUUCAGACCUUGUGUAUAUAAUAAAACAGUUAUUCCACUCACUCUCGUCGAAUAUGAGCGAUAGCUGAUUCGGCGCUACGCGCCUCAUCGGCUAUCAGCUCAUAUUCGACUCGAGUUCGUAGAAUAACUGUUAACUAUGUCCCUCAUGAAGAUAUGAAAAUAUGUUGAAAAAAACGUUUGCUCAAACUUUACACAGGGGGGAGGGGGUGUGGAGGGAAAAUUCACUAUUUGGUAAAAUUUUUCUAGAUUUAGUAAAAUUUGAAUGCAAAUUUGGUAAAAACUGCUGGUCAUAUUGAUCAGGGCCGCCGAGAGGGGGAGGGGCAAAUUGCCCCGGGCCCCGAGGUGCUGGGGCCCCCUGAAAAUUUUUUGUUGGGCCCCAGUCUUUUUUGUUUAUAUUUCCGCGCAAAGGACAAGAUAUCUGUUUUUUUGGGCUAAGUACCGAAAUUUGGCAUGAAAAAUUGAGAUAAAGUCCCUGGAAUGCAAUUGCAAUGUACUCGACCGGAAAAUUUUUUUACCUAAAAAGUUGUCGGCGGGCCCCCGCCAACCUCACGGCGGUCCUGAUACUGAUAUAUCUUCCGUCCUAUAUAUGGGGCUUCGGUGGCGCAGUUGUCAGAGCAAGCGCCUUUCACGUCUGAGAUCGUGUGUUCGAUUCUCGCUAUGGACUCAUGUGAAAAGAGUCCGUCAACCCUCUACCGAAAGUCGUGGGUUUUUUCCGGGUGCUCCGGUUUCCUCCCACAGGGAAAGUUGACAGGGUGGGUUAGGAUAAACACAGUUGAGAACGUAAUCACAAUAGUAAGAUAAGUAAGCGUAUAGUACUUCAUGUAAUCGGUCACUGAAUGGCCCCAAAGUUGAGUGAGUUGAAUAAUAACGCAAUAAUGUAAUAUGAUUGUACAUGUUUUAUGACCUGUUACCAAAGCAUUGACAAAACACAACAUGUUUGUAUAUAGCGCAGGGAAAUUCAUCCAUAUCUUGUACUUUGUGGUUUAAUUGGAGAAAGAACUCUUUAAAGGGAAAUGGCAAUAUAUUUUUUAUUCUCUCGUUUGAAAGAACUUUUGAAACUAUUUAGUAACUUCCUUUACCGAUUCUUCAUAUCUUGCUUAAUUCUUGAAAUAUUUUCACUUGAAGUAACGAGAUGUCAGCCAUCUUAGAUAAUUUUUUGAUCUCAUUAACGGUAGUUUUGGUGACGUCACAACAGGGAUUAACCAUAUAAAAGUAUUCGUUGUUGCUGACCAAAUAUUGAUUGGUAGAUGUUUUAAAGGUUUCAAGUGAUCUUGAUAUUUGGAAGGGCAGACAGAGUAUAAUUUUGAGUGCAAAAUGAUUAGUGGUUGUUUAGAUAAAAAUAUUGCGUGACCCCUGUUGUGACGUAACAUGCAUAUCUACAAAAUCCAAGAUGGCGGGCAUUUCAUUCCUUUCGAUUAAAAUAUUUGUAGAAGUAAGAAAGAUAUGAAAAAACGGUAAAAGAGUUUUAUAUAUGGUUUUCAAUGUUCUUUCAAGCGAGAAAAUAAAAAAAUAUAUUGCCAUUUCCCUUGAUGAAAGCGUAUAAUCAUUAAUAGUUUUUAGAUCACCAGCUAAGGAAUUGAAAAGACUUGGGAUAUCUUAGUUUUACUGAUGUCGGUUUUAACUAAAGGGAACCUCGGUCUGCAUGAGCAGACAUUGUUCAAUCAAAUUCUCGUUUUGCCAUCUUGAAAUUUCGUUUACCAUGAGAGACGUACGAGGAUUUUGGGCGACUCACUCGAUACAACUUUUGAAAACUUUUCUGAAAUUGGAAAUUUCCAGUGAAAUUUUUAUACAUUUAUUAGACCUAACCAGGAACAGUUGCAAAAAAUGCAACUAUAGGUCCUCUGCCAGGAAUCCAACCUGCGGCUCACUCGAACUAUAAAAUGUAUAUAAUUACCACUAAAAAUUUACACUCGAGAUUUCCUUCUUCAAAAAAGUUCCAUGGGGGAAUCUAGCCUCAUCUGGGGGUGCAGGUUUUCCAUGAGGUGGUGCAUGAGGAUUGAGGAAGCCUUACUGCCCACUCUCCUCUGCAGUCUGUUACCAUUAUUUGAGAUGCCCGAAUUGGCCUGUUCGUCGUUCUGUUAUUAUCCUUUGUUUAUAAAGUUUAUAUCCGCUUUUUAUCACAUGUGCGUGACUGGACAGUUGCUGUAGCACAGUAAAGUAAAUUUGCUUGUUAAAGCACAGUAUAAUUGAAAAUAUCCCUGUAUAACAACCUCGACACAGGUUUACAUAUUUAAACAUGAUAUUUAACUAAAGCCUUCUGUGUAUUUUCUCGUGAGCUCACAAAUCAAUUAAAUCGUUUCAAGAAAUCGACAUGUAUGCUAACAGUAGAAGUUCUGCUAAUCGCUAUUCAAAAAGCAGAAAAUGUAUGGUCAAGUAGAUUUUUUUAGGGUGGUGCUGGACUUCCCUGGGGGGGGGGGGUAGACAUCACUAGGUAGGGUGCGCACCCCCCUGCUUCCCCACGGUAGAUCUGUCCCUGCAUUCAACAUGUUUGUUCUUUUGUAGCCGCAUAUUCAUCAAGAUUUUAUUCCAAGAGCUAGCUGAGUACAUGGGACUAUCGAAAUUGAAUGAAAGACUAAAAGAUCAGUAAGUUUUGAUCUGUAUAUAUAAAGAUAUUGUAUAUCAAGCGGUUUUUGUGACAUGAGAUCUCGAUGUAUUUCUAGGACAUUACAGAUGUAUUUUGAAGGUCUGUUCCCGCGAGAUAAUCCACGAAACACGCGUUUUGCUGUCAACUUUUUCACCGCCAUCGGUCUUGGAGGUCUCACGUAUGUAUUGUCUAGAUUUGUAUUUUGAAGUACACUAAAUAUAUACCGGGUAGUUCUUGAUGUGCAGUAUGUUACCACAGACAUAAACUAGACUAACUUGGAGAGGCGUAUUUAAAGACCUACCCGUAUUGGAGGCAUAUUUAUUAGAGGGAUGUUAGAUUAUUAGAUAGAGGUGUCUGUACUAGAGAAGUUGUUUGUAUUGGAGAUAUGUGUCUGUAUUAGAGAGAUGUGUCUGUAUUAGAGAGAUGUGUCUGUAUUAGAGAGAUGUGCUUUUAUUAGAUACAGGUGUCUGUACUAGAGAAGUUGUUUGUAUUGGAGAUAUGUGUCUGUAUUAAAGAGAUGUGUCUGUAUUAGAGAGAUGUAUCUGUAUUAGAGAUAUGUGUCUGUAUCAGAGAGAGAGGUGUCUGUAUUAGAGAGAUGUGCCUGUAUUGGAGAGAUGUGCCUGUAUUGGAGAGAUGCGCCUGUAUUAGAGAUGUGCCUGUAUUGGAGAGAUGUGUCUGUAUUAGAGAGAUGUGUCUGUAUUAGAGAGGUUUUGCUCUUAUAUGUACUAUCUUGGAGUAAUUGCAGAAAGACUUGUUUAUAUAUUUAUUGGAGUUAUUUAAUUUCAGAGACGAUCUACGUGAGCACUUGAAGAACGCCCCCAAGAAGACGGUUACUCAAGCACAGGUCGACUCUUCAAGCUCAGACAACAGUAGUUCCAGCGAGUCUAGUGGUACUGAUUCAAGUGAAGGUACUUCAUGAUACAGUUUAUGAAAGUUUGACACAAUGUCAUUGUCGCUUAUACUGAAAUGUUUUAUUUUUUUAGAGAGUUCGUCAUCCUCUGAAGAGGAAACCAACAGAAAGAAAAAGUAA